CGGUGCUGCAGCCCUCGGGUGGCGGAGCAGAUCCCAGCGGGCCGCCGCGCCGCCGCCUCGCGGCCCCCGGGGGUCUCGGGCAGCCCCGGGCGGGGACAGCCGGGCGGCCGGGCGUCCGUGGAGCCGCCGCCGCUCUGCGGAGGGGAGCCCUCGGCGGACCCGCGUCCCCGGCACGGAGGCGGCGGACCCGGAGUCGGUGCUGGUCCUCUGCCUGAGAAGCUUGAUGAAACAAAGAGAAGAAUAAAGUGUCCACAAAACUCCUUGCACCCAUCUGAGGACUACGAAACAGAAAUUAUAGGCAUCAACCAUGGCAGAUUAUUCAGCUUAUAAAGAGACUGCAAGUCGUCAUUUGCGUUUCAAGCUCCAGAAUCUCAGCCGUCGCCUUGAUGAACUGGAGGAGGCAACGAAAAACCUGCAGAAAGCAGAGGAUGAGCUGCUGGAGCUGCAGGACAAAGUUAUCCAAGCUGAAGGCAGCAACUCAAGCAUGUUGGCCGAUGUGGAAGCCCUGCGGAAGCGAGUUCUGAAAAUCGAAGGGAAGGAUGAGGAGAUCAGGAAAGCGGAAGAGCUUUGCCAACUGAUGAAGGAGAAGCUUGAGGAAGAAGAAAGCCUCACUCGGGAGCUGAAAUCCGAAAUUGAGCGGCUCCAGAACCGAAUGGCAGAGCUUGAGAAGCUGGAGGAAGCCUUUGGGCGGAGUAAGAAUGACUGUACGCAGCUGUGCCUCAGUCUCAAUGAGGAGAAAAACCUGACCAAGAAAAUUUCAACAGAACUGGAAGUUCUUAGAGCAAAGGUAAAAGAGCUUGAACAAUCAGAAGACAGGCUAGAUAAAACUGAACAGAGUUUAAUGAGUGAACUGGAAAAACUGAAAUCUUUAGCUGUUGCCUUUGUUAGUGAAAGGAAGCACUUCACUGAAAAGGAGAAGCAGAAUGAGAAGCUGAUACAAGAACUGACACAAAAGCUAGAGCAAAAUAACAAACUGAAUCGGGCAGAUCAGACGCGUAACACAUCAAAUCUGCUGGAAAGAUCAUCCAAUAGUAUCCUUGAGAGAAACGACCUGCGGAUUGAGGUUGACUUGACCACUUCAGCACUUCCUUCAAAAGAAACCCGACGAAAAGGGAGUCUGGAUUACCUGAAACUUGCAGAAAAUGAAGCUCGAAACAAAUCAGAAAACCAGAAGAAUAGAAAUCAGGAAGACAACAAAGUGAAGGACCUUAACCAAGAAAUUGAGAAAUUGAAAACUCAGAUGAAACAUUUUGAGUCUUUGGAAGAGGAACUUAAAACCUUGAGAGCCAAAAAUAAUGACCUGCAUGAUAACUUCUUGAGCGAACAGAGUAAAAACAGUCUUCUAAUGGGCCAGCUCGAAGAAAUGAAAAUGCAGAUAAAGAAGCAGAAAGAGAUGGAGAAUGGUGAGGCAGAAGCUGAUGAAAUUAAUUUGCCGGGCCGGGUCAAGCACGAAAGACCCAAACACCGAGCGGUCAUGGCUGAAUCAGUGGGUUCAAAGCAUAAAUCUCGGGAGCUUUCUCCCCAGCACAGACGGGAAAGGAUACGCAGCCGAGAAUUCUCAUUUAAUAAUGAAACCCAUGGCCAAGGUAGCAAGCGGGUUACAAGCCCUAAUCUGAACAGCAGGAGAGCAACCAAAGCUUCUAGUACUUCAGCAUUAUUGGACACUUUAGCAACGGAUGUUAAACGACUGGAGGACAAGCCAGCCCUGGGUGUGCACCUUUCCGCACAGAAAGAAGGUGGUACCCCACCAGCUGAAGUGAAAAAAACUCGAGAGCAGCCUUCUGUGCUUAGCCGUUACCCGCCUGCAGCGCAGGAGCACAAAUCUUGGAAGACCCCUUCAAAACCCAAGAAUGACAAUGUAUUGAAGGGCAAAGUCGAAAAAACAUGCCAACCGUUUAACGACUUGUAUCACUGUAAGUCUGAUGAACUGACAAAGCCCAGCAAAGCAGAAACAGCCAUGUCAUCUUCUGAAAAGGGAACUAAAACACAGAAUCCUGCCGAAUCACCCGUUCCUUCAGCAGAGACGCGCAUCUCAAAAACAAAUUGUGGGCCAUCCAAUGGGGCUGCAGGCAUUUCCUAUAGGCAUUACCUUUCCACAGAAGCAUUAGCCACUGAACCCACCAACCUCAAGGGGGACACGUCAUCUCUCAGACAGCACUUGGAAGAGAGCUCCCUAAAGGUAAUGAACUCACAAGAGAGAGAGUUUAAUGAAGCUGCACUUGAAAUAGCAAAGCCCUUGCCUUUGUCAAAGUCAAGACUCCUUUCCAGAAGCCAGGAAGAUCUCUUGCAGAGUCACCCAGGUCCUCAGAAGGAAGAAGUGGAUCAGGCCAGUGCUUUAUCUGUAAACUCCAGCAACGUGGGUCUACAAUUCCCUUCUGCAAGAGCCAAAGUUCUCAACCCCAGCAGCUAUGAAAAAUUCAGCACUAAUGAAGAGGCAAGCAAAGUCACAGCUACUCCUACUUUUGAUUUAGGAAUAAAAAAGGAGUCUAUUUCCAGAGAAUUCACAAGCUCCAGGGGAGCUGCUCGAACAUCUCCUUUUGAAAAUGACAGAAAUACUUCUGGUGAAGAAGAGCUUGGCAAAUCAUCCAGAGCAUCUCCAGCUGCCUCUGUCACAGGUUUGAAAUCCAGAAGGCAAUUCAGCCCAAGGGAAGCACUGAGAUCUAAAGCAGUCAUCAAACCAGCAAUUGUAGAAAAGGACACAAAGGAGAUCAUGGGUGGUACAGGGUCAGGGCCUGAAGCCAACUCUGACAAGCAGCACUCCGUCUUUAAGACAGUCUCGCACAAAAUGACAAGCAGCAUCACCAUUUACCCAUCUGAGCCAACCACUCAAAGGACCAGCACAAGUGAAGCCCCCAAGGAGCAGCAGUUCGUGGCUGCCAGCAAUAUUAGGGUAAUUCCAAAUGAGAGUUCAUCCGGAGCCAGUGCAUCUUAUGAGGCACUGAUUAACAAGAGCAAUGUGUCCCUGAAGUUAUCCGAGGCUGAUAAAAACGGGGACUGUGCUCUGAGAAGCAGGGUGGACACAGUAGUAUCCAAAAGCAGCAUUGUGAUAAAACCUUCUGAAUCCAUUGAGAGGAACAGUGAACCUGCCGUAGAGACAAUCAGUUGGAAGAGCCACAGCUCUUCUGAGACAAACUCAUCCGAGACCAAACAUAUCACGGUGAGGAACACAUGGCGAACGAGGCGGGCUUUGCUGGAAGACUCUGCAACCAAAGUGGUUGAAAAUGCAACCUCUCGCAAUCCAUAUAGGUCAUCUGCGGACCCAUCCAAACCGGAAGGAACUAGUGCACGCAUUUAUGCAAUUGAGCAGAAUUCCAGAAGGGCCAGCGCAGGUAUAAACUCCUGGAAUACACCAGAACUAGACUCUAGAAGGACCAAAAGUAGCUUAUGUGCCUCUGAGAUGCUCAACCAGAAAAGCUGCAUCAAUGAUCCUGUAACAGCUUCUCCUUGGAAUUGCACAGUAUUACCAGAGGAAAACAAAGAUUUUGUCCCCAGUUCCAGAAGAAAACCAUUUGGCUCCUUUGAGCAGCUCAGCUCAACUGACACACCGAGAAGGCGGCUGGAGACCAAGCCAGAACCCCCUCGCCAGCCGCUGGGCAGCAGGACUGAGGAACGGAGGCGCUGGUCCAAGGGCUGCUCCGAAGACAACUGAGCAGCCCAGGGCGAGGCACUGCUCUGCCAGAGUCACUUCCUCUGGCUCGCUUCAUUGGUGGAACCCCAAAUGUGAAUCCACUGGCAGGGAAGAAGUGUGGAACCCCCAGCAUCCAGACCGAGCAGGAAAGGAGAUGCUGAGGUGCGGGACGGCGGUGGUCAUCUGUGCAAGAGGGGGAGUUGUCCAAGCGUGCAGUGCCUGAAGCGGUUGCUCCUCUCUCCCCUCCAGGAUCUUUCCCAGCCCAGUUGCAUGACCUCCAGAAGUGACGCUCCAUCCUCCUCCCUACACUGGCAUUCCGUGCAGGCAGCCCACCACCGGGACAUGCACUGUGCCUGACUUUUAACCCCUUCAGUGCUCAAGGCUCCUCGUCCCCAUUCCCCCCAGUCCUGGGUGGACAUGUUGCGUUUUGCUUUUAAAGGUGGCUUUGCGUUUUCCUUCUCCUCACAGAGGAGGUCGCAGAGACGUUGCUCAGGGGAAUCCCAACCACAGUUUCGCCAAGCUUGAAUCAACGGUAGCGACCAGCUGCAUCUCUGCGGAGGCAUCCAAGAACUUUGGAUCCUUGCGCCCAUGUUCUGCCCUGUCAUUUCCUAGAGAGGCGAGAGGAGCGGGUGGGGAGUGAUCCCCACCAAGGGACAGCAAUACCCAAUCUCUGUAUAGGACCCCCGAGUAGCUCAGUCUCUGUGGAAGUCACAAAGAGGCAACUCGCAGCUCUCUCUUGCUCCCCGUGGAGUUUUGGCUCCCUGAAAGUGGUUUGCACAGCCUGGGGGUCACCAGGCCUAGCACCAGAAGCACUCCCUGUGCAGUAGCUCCAUCCCUCCCUGCCUGCCUGCCCUGCCGGGGCUCGACCGCUCUUGGGAAAGCUUUUGCCUGAGCCCAGCACACAGGCAGCAAGCUGCAGUGCCUCCUGUGUGCACCCACCUGCCACUCCGUAGACCAGAUGCCGGGGAAGCAGCCUUCUCCUCCUCUGCCCCCCAAGAAGAGCCCUGCAGGGUCAGACCAGGCCCAGCAUUUUGUCUGUCUGCACCUGCCCCUUGCUCCGGUGCUUGCUUGCUUGCUUCCUUCCAUGCCUGCAAGCCACACUCGGCUUCGUGGGCGCCAUGGCUCACUGGAUCCAGAUGCGUGAACUCCGGCUGGGAUGAAUCCGGCUGCGUGAAGAAGCCUCACCACCUCCUCCGAUGGCCACGCAAGUCUGAAGAGGGAGCGGGCUGAGCAGUCUUGUCUGCUUGGGGACGGGCGUGUGGCAAACAUGCAUUACUUGAACUCACAGCGGGAGGUCUGCAUGUGGACAUGUCGCUCCUGACAGCCAGGGGGGAAGAAGAGUCUCCUGGGGCCAGCCUCUCGGCACAGCUGGAGGUGGGGGCUGGAACGACAUUCCUGUAUUUCUGCUACCUCACUCUUCACUGCUUGGGCAAAGGGACCAGCAGAGACUCUACCGGAGCCAUGGCGACUGCCCUUUUCUCCAUUCGGGUCAGCGUGUGAACCUGGAAGCCACUGUUGCCCCGGCAGCUCAGAUGCUGCUGUGCUGUCAGCCGUUUUGCCCCACCUCACCCAUUCUGCACCCAAGAGGCUGCCAACGCAUGAGCCGCUGCCCCUUUUGGAGCGCCUGCACGUCACAUGUCGAUGUGCCAUACACGUAAAUUCACAGCAACGAAAAGCACUGGCUGUUGAGAUAUGGAAGAAUCCUCUGGAGUAUUAAAUCUCUGGGACUCAGUUCACACAGGCAAGCCACUGGAGGCUUGGGCAACAGCGAGCAGUAACCGUGUCAGUUGAAAGGGCCCUGGAUGAUGGGAGAGAACCACCCAUCAGCCUAGCAGGCACGUGCUGGCCAGAGAAUGGGAACCUUUCUGUGCCUGGCUGCUACUGGGGAUUUGCAGGGGAAGAUGAGCAAGCAGGAGGGAGAGGUGCUGGGGCUCUUUUCCCCUGCCACCUAUAAUUGCACCAUUAUCCCACCCCACAGCCCGGGCCACCACAAGCAAGCAAACAUCAGGAGAAUUUUUACUCUCUGGCUCUUUAGCUGGGAGAAGCAUGAGAUGGAAGGUAGGUAGGUUAAGCACUCCUCCAUCGCGUCUUCCUUGCAAAAAAACCUUGUCUCUCCACACUCACAUUGGCAUUAGGAAGCAAACACAGGAUUGGGAGCCCUUCUCGUCUCAUGUAAGUCUCACUCUGCUCCAAGACUUGCCUUUAAUGUCUGUUUUAAUGUUAGAACUUGAAAAACUUUUCUUGUAAUCCCAGAGCCAUAGCAAGGACUUUGGAUUCCCCCAGAUCUGCUGCCAGUCUAUUGGCUUCCCUUGUCAUUCUUCUCAGGAAGAGAGCAAUUGUGUGUGCACAGUUUGACUCUGAGUAGUCAAAGCCAUAGCACCAGCUUCUCUGCAGGGAGCAAAUUGUGUGUGCAUCCUUUUACCCCUCUCCUGCUCUGCCUCCAGUUCAUGCCUGGCUUUCAUUUGGUAUAAGAUCUGACAGCCUGGCAUAAGGGCACACAGUGUCGAUCCUUUUAGAAAAACCUGCCUCUUGCCCUCCUCCCACAAAGGUAAAUAAAGCAGACAUAUGCUAGAGGCAGUUCAGUUGCAAACUCCACAAGCAGUAUUGGGAGCAAAAUGUUCUUUUUAGUGGAGCCAUCUCUGCCCAGCUCACAACUCUCCCCCCCCCCCCCCCACCCCCCCCCCCCCCCCCCCACAACCCUGCCACACACACAGUUAGGUCUGGCCUGUACCUGUUGCAAAGUCAACAGUAUAGCCAAGCAUUUGGCAUUUCAAACCAAGAUGAUGGCUUAAGAAUGAAGCCCAGCAUGCGCUGUUACCUUCUGACAUUUCAGAAAUUGUGAGCAAGGCUUGUCUGUGGCUCCUUCAAAAUUUUAUGUAGGACAAGUUUUAGAAACCAUGUUUACUGAUCUCUUUCUUGAACACAUGAGGCACAGAAUGGUACCUUUUGUUGGACAGGCAUGUAAAUUUAUUUGCAAGCUUCCUGGGAUGUCACACUUCAGCCUUUUGACAGUGGAGUGUGGGAGAUAGUUUACAUGUCCCUGCUUCAGCUAUUUAAAGGUACUUUUACCAGUUCUUAUCUCUCAGUGGAUGUUGAAGGUUAUGUACCUUACUUUGUUUUGCUUUUAAACCCUAUUGGGAGGGGAGACAAGUUCUGUAACUUAGAAAAGUUAUAUCUUUCAACUUGGGUGAAUGACUCAUAUUUGCAUAAAGUCUUCAUCUGUUGUUCCCUAGAAAGGCAAGGGGCUGUGGGGGCUACCAAAGCUGUAAUCCAUGUCAGCUAAUAACUGGCACAAGCAGUUGAGAUUAUGUAGUUUUGCUGAGUGACUUUUGUACCCAGCUCCACAGCCUUGAGAUCUAGAACCUUGCAUUUCAGAUCUAAAAAUUUGACCAUGUCUGAUUUUUUUUUCACCAACUGAUGAUUAUGUUAUAGUGUCCCUUUGCCAGGGCCAACCCAUAUAGACUACUUGAAGCAAGAGCCAUAGCACUCAAUUUCAUAGAUGGGUUGUAUGUUUACAUAAAGUGCGUGCUCUCUCUCUCUCUCUGUAAUAACAGAAAUGGGGCAGCUACUUUAAAUAUACAAACACUGUGUGUGUUAACUGUGCCCAAUCCAGUGAUGAACAGAGGCUUGUAAAUUAAUCCAAAGUAAGCUGUGUGCUUUUGCCCCCCCCCCCCACACACUCACUCCACUGUUGACUCAAGAAAGCACUUUAGCACCUGAAAUAUAACAAGUCGUUCCAUUCCUUUCACACUGGAAGCAGCGCUGAUGUUAGAACACAGCCUAUUCAACAAUUCAAGCAAAGCACCACAACUGCAUUUGCUGCAUUGCUAUCCCAGCCGUUCCCUUGCUCAAGUCACAAAGGUCUGAUGCACAACCACUAGUUUGUGAGUGCUCCAGCCUAAAACACAUUUAGAUGAAAAUAGUUUCCCUUGGUCUUUGCUUAAUAAGUAAUUAUACUUAGUACUGCAGUCUUAAAUGGGUUUUCUCCCCACCAGCUCCUGUUCUUAUCUCCAUGUUAAAAUGGCUGCAAUUGUCAUUGUGCAAUAACACCUCGGAACACUCCGAUUUUCUAGUACAGAAGCAGCCCCACAUCGAGCCCCACCCAGCUGAUUUUUCCAUAUAGGAAAAAUGACGGCCACCGUUCGGUGCUCCCUGCGUUUUCUCCCAGGCCCUGGACAACACUAAUCUCCCCCUAUCGGGGCAGAGCACUCCGUUUUCCUAGAGUCCCAUCACGAGGGGCCAUGGCUUAAUUUUAAAAGGCUGUGUCCUGCAUUGCUGUAAUGACAGAUUCAAUCACCAUGCUGUACACCCACACCUCCUUUGCUGUCACUUGUGGAGGACACCCGUGGUCUCCACUUCCAGAUUCAGAGUUCCUGGACAAAGGACUUCAUGACGAGGGCCAAUGAAAAUCCCUCCCCCCCACACCCAAAAAAUGGAGGGCUCACAUUUGAGCAAAGAAGAGCAGAAGCACUAGGAAGUGCUUGCUAAGCAGACAAGAGGGCUUAAUGCUGGGACUGAUGCCUUUCCACUCUGACACAGCAAAGACGCAACAGCAGGUCUUCAUCUCAGCUGGGGAGGCAGUGGCCGCUACCAUCCCAACGGGUGGCAGUCUGACAUGGCUGGCUGUCUCUUAGGCCUUUAUUCGUUAUAAUGUACUUGAACAGCCAUGAAGAGGAGCAGCGAGAGUUGUUUCCUUGAAAUCUCCUUGGGAGCUUCUGUCACAGUAAUUCCUGGCAUCUGCCUUUGCUUUUUCAAUAGAAUCCAAUUGAUCAGGUGGCCACCUCCUUUCUGUAACGAUAUUACAGAGUCCAGAAAGCAAGGGAAAAAAACUCAACAUAGGAACCUCCAGGACAGAUGGUGUUGAUUGUUCGGUGUUUCAGGUUAGAAUGCUUCCUGUUUUGCAGUCCCCAGGGUCUUUUAACAGUCUUGUACUUCCACUAGGUAUAGAUAAUGAAUGUAAAUAUCCAUUAUGGUAUAGAUUGGGGGGAUAUUUGAUUAAUGGACCCAUAAAAAUCAGAGGACUAUAAAACCCUACAGGGACCCUAAACCUGAGUGCAAUAGGAGCUGAUUGUAUUAUUGAACAAAUGGAGACUCGUUUGGCUCAAGUUGCUCACUUUAAAAAGAAACAGCUGUAAAAUGUAUUUGUAAAUACUUGCGAGUGUUUGGCACGCUCAUUUUUGUCUUAACUGUAGCAUAUAUAAAUACAAUAAGGAAUCCCCCCAGGGACUUUCUAAUGAUGAAAGUGUGUGUAAAAAAAGAAGGGAAAAUGCCAAUGUUGUAAUUGUAUAUGCCGCAUGAGUUGAUUUUGUUUUCAGUCAAGGAACGAAAAAUGCAACUUUUUCCAACUGGAGGUCAGGAGAAUUGUCCUAGUGUACAGCCUGCAGAAUGUCACCUAACCAGCUCUGCUUCUUUACCUUCCUUCAUUGCAAAGAACAAAACUGCAGCUCCUGUCAAGAGCCAGAGAGAGGUCGUAACUUGCUGGCAGACCAGAUGCUUCGCAUGCAGAAGCCCCAGGUCCUUUUGACAGGGCUGCUGCCAAUCAGUAUAAACAACACCUGGCUAGACAACUCAGUAUAAGGCAGCUUCAUGUAUUCAUAUGCCAUUACGAGUCAAGUCAUUGAUUCUGUGAUAAAUUUGAUGUUUGAGUGCCAAGAAUCUAGGGUUUUAGCCAUAGGUCAGUCCGAAGGGACCCAUACGCAGCAGGUUUUUCUCUCUCAGCCUUCAGGCCUCCUCGCAAGUGUGUACAAGAAGGGAGGGGUCAUAGAGAGAAUCUUAUGUGACGCCUCCUCUCCAUCCUGCGCAUCAGUGCAAGAAGAGACAGAAGAGGUUGCUGCUUCUCUUGAAGCUCAACUUGAUAUCCAAAGAGAGAAAGGGAUGAAGGUACUGCUGUGCGGGGGCCAUCUUGCCUCCUCUUUUUCUUUCCUCAUGGCUCAAGACCAAAGGAAUUGCUCGCCCUUUUUGUGGCUGUUGGAAGUGCAAGCAUGCCUUCCGUGUCUGCACAGAGGGAAGGCGUGUUGGUCUUCCUGCCAUUUCUAACACUUGAGAAUCCUUCAGAUUGUGUGGAAUGUAUUUUUAAGAGAUGAAAAUAUAUUUUUUCUAUUUGCUAAAGUUAAGACUGGGUGGAAGGGGAUUGCCAAAUCCUGACGCGUGUGCGAAAGGCAGAUGAGCAUCUCCUGCCUUAUAUAUUCCCUCAUUUUCAGGUAAAGAAAAAGCAAGUGCAAUUUAGCAAAGUAUGUCUUGAGGUCCUCAUUGCCAGCCCUCCAAAAUCCAGCAAACUACCAGCACUGUCCCAAUCACUCCUCCCCGCCCGACUCAAAAUGAAGCACUGCUGUGCUCGCAUGUUCAGCUGGGGGAAGGCCCCCCCCUUUCACCUUCCAAACCUGCCUGUGUACUGGAUAGCGGGCGGUGCUGACCUGCCUGUUGCACAGAGCAAUACACCUGCAUGCUAUGUUUAAACACAAACAUUUGUCCGCAUGUUAUCUCCUGACUAAUGCUGUCUGUUCUACAGUGCAUAAUCAAUAAAGACUAUUUGUAUGUUAUUCAAA